AUGUCCUUCUCUGGGAUCCUGUUCAUGUUCUGGAGGGUCUUCCAGAUCGUCACCCUCAUUCCCACACUGGGCAUGCUCGCCUGGUUUGUCGAUUGGUUCAACAGUCGCAAUUUCCUUACGCCGCGGUCAAUCCUGAUCCUCUUCAUCGUGUCCGUCCUGGGUGCGGCAUGGGCUAUAGGCACACUGUUCCUCUACUCGCGCGCACGUCACUCGGCCAAGUUCGUUGCCUUUAUUGACCUACUUUUCGUCGGGGCCUUCAUCGCAGCUGUAUAUGAGCUUCGAGGCAUCGCCAAUGCAGACUGCACAGAUGUCAGCCGCGACAGCCAGUACAGCGCCAACCUGGGUAUCUUCAGCAUCACUGGAAACCGAUAUGACUUGAACGUCGACCGUCAAUGCGCCAUGCUCAAGGCAAGCUGGGCUUUUGGCAUCAUGAACAUCAUAUUUUUCGUCAUUACUUCCAUCUUGGCUCUGCUUGUCCACCGCCAUCACCGCAGCGACGGUGAGCGCGUAGUCGUCAAGCGUGAAGUCCACCGCUCUCGUCAUGGCCACCGAUCCCGCAGCCCACGCUAUUCACACCAGAGCCACAGCCGAAGCCGACGCAGUUAUGUCUAG